AUGUCGCUUUCAAUACCCAACGCCCCAAACCAGGGCCUGUUCAAGCCAGGAUACCAAAACUACGACGCAGAAGAUGGCGCCGUCAUCCGCAACAUCGACGCCUGCCGCACGAUCGCCUCGACCGUCCAGACCUCGCUGGGUCCCUACGGCCGCAACAAGAUCGUCAUCAACCAUCUCCAAAAGAUGAUCCUCACCAACGACGCUGCGACCAUCCUGCGCGAACUCGAAGUCGUACAUCCCGCUGCCAAGCUCCUUGUCAUGGCCUCGCAACAACAGGAAGCUGAGAUGGGCGAUGCGACGAACUUGGUGAUCGUGUUGGCUGGAGAGCUGCUGAAGAAGGCGGAGGAAUUGAUCAGAAUGGGACUGAAGACGAGCGAGAUUGUGCAGGGGUAUGAGCGUGCGGGCAAGUUUGCGCUGUCGACGCUGGAGGAGCUGGAGAUUGAUAGAGUGGAGGAUAUCCGGAAUCAGCAGGAGUUGGCCAAGGCUAUUCGGACGGUCGUUGCAGCGAAGCAGUCUGGUUCGGAGGAUGUGCUGGCGGAGAUGGUUGCUGAGGCGGUCCUUGCGGUGCUGCCCAAGAAUCCAUACAACUUCAAUGUGGACAACAUUCGGGUGGUGAAGAUCAUGGGUGGUUCGUUGGAGCAGUCUAAGGUGGUCAAGGGUAUGGUGUUUGGACGAGAGCCAGAUGGCACAGUGAAGAAGGCGACCAAGGCCAAGGUUGGUGUCUUCAGCUGUCCGAUCGACAUUUCACAGACCGAGACGAAGGGUACGGUUCUGAUCAAGAACAGUAAGGAGCUGUUGAACUUCACCAAGGGCGAGGAGCAACAGAUGGAGAACACAAUCAAGGAGCUUCACGAUUCUGGAUUGCGGGUUGUCGUUGCAGGUGCGACGGUCGGGGAGCUCGCUCUACACUACCUCAACCGCUUCGGCAUCCUCGUCAUCAAGGUUCUGUCAAAGUUCGAGCUCAGACGGUUAUGCAGAGUUGUGGGUGCUACACCUCUUGCUCGUCUUGGCGCGCCUAUGCCAGAUGAGAUGGGCAACGUCGACAUUGUGGAGACUCUGGAGAUUGGAGGCGAUCGUGUGACGGUCUUCAGACAAGAGAACGAGCAGACACGGACGGCAACGCUUGUCCUGAGAGGAGCAACACAGAACCACCUGGACGACGUCGAGCGAGCUGUCGAUGACGGCGUCAACGUUUUCAAGGCCAUCACGAGAGACCCGAGAUUAGUACCAGGUGCCGGAGCCGCAGAGAUGCAGCUCAUCGAGCGCAUCACUGCUCUUGCCGACAAGACCUCCGGGCUGGGCCAAUACGCGAUAAGAAAGUACGCAGAAGCGUUCGAAGUUAUUCCUCGGACGCUGGCAGAGAGCGCUGGUCUUGACGCCACUGAGGUGCUUGCAAAGCUCUACACCGCACAUCACAGCGCCGCAUCAACAUCGAAAUCUCAAGCGAACGGCUCGAAGGGCGAUGAAGACGACGAGGAGAUCCCCUGUCUUGGUGUUGAUAUCGACACCAGCUCCGGCCAGGGCAACGGCACAAUUGAUGCUGAAGAGGAGGGCAUUCUCGAUUUGAUGGUGUCGAAGUCGUGGGCCAUCAAGCUGGCGACUGAUGCGGCGAGGACCGUAUUGAGCGUGGAUCAGAUUAUUGUCGCGAGACAAGCUGGAGGGCCCAAGCCACCUGGCCCGAAUCCAAACUGGGACGAAGACUAG